AUGUCUGCGAAAGCAAACGAAUCACAACAGACGACUGCAUCGCAGAAUGUCUAUGACACAGCUGAGUUUUUCAAUGGGUAUGUGAAGCUGGAGAGGCAAGUCGCGGGCCUCGCCGGCGCCCCAGAAUGGCCAAGGCUACGGGCAAUGCUACCAGCGUUGAACGGGACCCGAGUUCUUGAUCUUGGGUGUGGCAUGGGAUGGUUUGCUCGCUGGGCGAGAGAGGGCGGCGCCGCUCAUGUUCGCGGGGUAGACUUGUCGGAAAACAUGCUCGACAAGGCGCGCAGCCUGACCACUGUGGAGGGCAUUGAAUAUCAAAGGGCUGACCUAGAGGAGAUUGAGCUCGCAGAAGCCGAUUACGAUCUCGUCUUCAGCUCGCUCGCCUUUCAUUAUCUGGUCAACUUACCAGCACUAUUCAGGGAGAUCCGGAAGGCGUUGAGGCCGGGCGGCAGGCUGGUAUUCUCAAUUGAACAUCCCAUCUUCACGGGGCCGACUCGUGGUGGGCUAGUUACUGCCGAGGACGGGCGCAAGAUAUGGCCAUUGGAUGCUUACCAAAGAGAAGGACUGAGACUCCGGAACUGGUUCGUGGACGGUGUCAGGAAGCAACACCACACAAUGGGAACAUAUCUGAAUAUACUAUUGCGGGCCGGGUUCGAGCUGACGGAUUUUGUUGAAUGGUGCCCGACAGCUGAGGACUUGCAGAAGUUCCCUGAUUGGGAGACCGAGUUUAUUCGACCAACGUUUUUGCUGAUUGGUGCGACCAAGAAGGCUUCUUGA